AUGUCAUCGAUCGCCAUCAAGGUCAGCCGACGCAGCGAAGGGCGUGUGUGCCGCCCCAUACCCAUGUUUGCAUGUGUUGCCUCUGCGCCUGUGGCAGAUUAUCCGUGAGGCGGAUGAGCCAUGGACGGUGUGGAUCGUCACAGACGACGUCACUGUGCCGACCGACAAAACAGCCAAUGCCACCAUCACCUCCCCUCCACUUACCACCAGCCCCCCGCCCCUCAUGCACCUCUCUUCUACCACCGCUCCACAGCCCAAGAUCGACGCCUCAGAGACCCAGCUGCUCGAAGGUAUCUUCGCUGUUCGAGCCUACAAGGGAGGGGAGGAGUAUCGUUAUUUUGUCGACAAGUGGCCCUUCAUCGUCCGCGACGUGGUGGCCCAGUUCUUCCCCCACUUGUCUCUGCCACUCCCCGGCCCGACGCCCGCCCCUGUGUCGGACCUCACUGUCGAUGUGGCUGACGUGGUUGCCGAGGUGGAGUCCCUGGUGGCCUACGCCCUUAAGAACUCCCCAGACCGGCUCCUUCAGGCGGAUCAGUGUGCCACAAUCAGCGCCUCCUACGACGCCGUGGUCACCUUUCUGUUGGCGAUGGAGAAGGCCAUGGCAAACGGCGGCGAUUCGCAAGACCUGACGGGCCCCCUCAUCGCCACUCAGCUGCGCAGACUCGCUCCAUUCCCCUGUCUGUCGGGCACAGUGGCCUUCGACGAGAGCCAAGACCGCCAGGCCAUGAUCGAGAUCGUCAACUUCGAUGGCAAGGAUGCCGUGGGCCACCCUGUGGCCGUAUGGGAGCAGCAAUACGGCCUCGAGUGGCGUGAUCGAGACGCCGACCCGGCCUCCAGUGCAUCUUUCCCGAGCGUGGUCUGACGGCAGGGCAUCGUAGGGUGCUUUCACGCUCACAGGCCGCUUGGAUACCCCCUGUGUCGGCUCGGCGAGAGCUUCAACCUUCCAUCGCUGGAGUGCGUCAAGUGUCCAGUAGGGCGGUAUGCGCCGAAGCUGGAGAGCUGGAAGGUAGUGGAUGAGGACGGGACUGACUGGGCGCGGGCGCCUCUUGAGUGCGAGCUCUGUCCCGAUGGGCUGUAUUCGGACCAGGAGGGGAUCUAUUCGGACCAGGAGGAGAGGACCGCGUGCACACCGUGCGAAACGGGACACUUCAGAAAUAAGUGAGGGGGUGACGAGCGAUUUUUGUGUCUCAUCUGGUGUGUGUCUAUGUAUUUGCUCGGCUUCUGUCCACCGCAGGAGGUAUGAGGAGGACAAUGGCAUCCCAGACGCCGAAAUGGGGUUGAAGUGCUAUCGAUGCCCGAAUCACACAAUGGCACGGCAUAAAGGCACGGCGGUGUGCGAGGAGUGCCCUUACGACGGAAUGGGUGGGAAAAUAAAAAGAGCCGAGAAUGCACAGCCCCUUUCCCAUAUUUGCUUUUAGCACCCAGAGCUGGCGCUGACUCUUGUGAAUCUAUUGAGAACUGGUAUUCUUGAUCAGCACCAACAGUUGUAAGCCGUACUUUACUGAUGAAAGCCGUACCACGGAUGUGUCCAAAAUGGUGUGUGUUGCAGAAGCAGGUAA